CGCGUGCGUACCGCCGCUGGUCCUCGCCUUUCAUUGCCCCGGUGUGAGACAUGGUGUUGUCGGAGCUGGCGGCGCGCCUCAAUUGCACUGAGUACAAAAACUGGGUGAAAGCAGGACACUGCCUGCUGCUGCUUCGCAGCUGCCUGCAAGGCUUCGUCGACCGCGAGGUGCUCUCCUUCCAUCGCGGACUGCUGACUGCGGUCCCCGGCCUUGGUCCCAACGCCACCUGCCGCGGCGGUUCCCGGUGCAACCCGCGCGCUCGCCAGUUUCAGCCUCAGUGUCAGGUGUGCACAGAGUGGAAACGUGAGAUCUUGAGGCAUCACGUUAACAGAAAUGGAGACGUGCACUGGGGAAACUGCCGGCCUGGCCUCUGGCCUGUGGACGCUUGGGAGGUAGCCAAGGCCUUCAUGCCUCGAGGACUGGCAGACAAACGAGGACCUGAGGAAUGUGAUGCAGUUGCUCUUUUAAGUCUCAUCAAUUCCUGUGAUCACUUCAUGGUUGACCGGAAGAAAGUCACAGAGGUAAUUAAGUGUCGGAAUGAGAUAAUGCACUCUUCAGAGAUGAAAGUAUCAUCUACAUGGCUUCGAGAUUUUCAGAUUAAGAUUCAAGAUUUUCUGAAUGAAUUCAAGAAUAUUCCAGAGAUUAUAGCAGUAUAUUCAAGAAUAGAACAGCUGUUGACAUCUGACUGGGCUGUGCACAUUCCAGAGGAAGAUGAACGAGAUGGGUGUGAAUGUGAAAUAGGAAGUUACUUGAGUGUGAGCCAAAUCCAUGAAAUUGAAAUGGAAUUACUGAAGGAAAAAUUGCAAGACAUGUAUCUUCAAGCAGCAGAAGAAGAGGUGUUGCCAGAAGAGAUCUUAAAUCAACUGGAUGUGGUGAAAGCAUUUCUGAGAAAAAACGCAGAUCUUAGAAAUGGCCUUACAGAAGACAUGCAGAAGCUAGACAGCCUCCAUGUACAGCAUCAGAAACAGAUUUCAGAGGCCAAUGAGAGAGAGACAUCUGAAAGAAAGGCUUAAGACAUUGCUGUGUUCCCAAAACUGCCUAGAAGAAAUGUUCCAUGCCAAGGCUCAGCAAAGAUGAGAUGGUUCCUUCUGGUCAGCUGCCUGCUCAAGAUGGUCUCUGCAGACUGGGUGGAGAGAGAGAGAGAAAGAGAGAGAGACUGUGUUUGGCAUAUAUUUUGACUUUAGAACCAAAAUGAAUGCAAAUGUGCCUGCUUGGUUAUUUCAUUUCCUCGUUGCUGUUUUGUUUUCAGUCUUACAAUUUCCUUCUCCUUUCAUUUGUUUUCCCUUCUCAAAUUCCUUGAGAAGACUUCAAGACUAAAACAAGAUUUUGCAUUUAUUUUGCAACAUUGCCGAAGGGGGGAGGGGGGAAACAACUAUUCCAUGUAUUCCAUGUUUAUACCUCAGAUCUGGAAGUAUAAAACAUGGAAUCUUGAUUCACCACUAAUCCAUGAAAACCUGGUUUCUAACUGUAAAGAGAUCUGAACCUUUCAUUUUAUACCUGUGUCUAGUUAGUCUGUCUUUAUCAAUCCAGCAUACACUGAGUUUCAACCUUGUGCCAGACAUUGAAGUAGAUACAAUGUAAUUCUUCCACUCUGACAAAUCAAGUGUAUUGUUUAGAAAACUUUGGAUUAGUAACAUUUCAUUGCUUUGAAACAGAGAAGGAAGACUCUUUGUUUUAAGGGCUCUAAAAUAAGUGUGGCCUGUACUGAGGCAUUAUCCUGUAGCCAUCUCUUCAGCAGAACUGUACAUCUGGGCAGAGGGUAUGUACAAUUGGAUGCUCACCACAGCAUUGAUAUCCAGGCACCAGUAGAGAGAACCUGCUAAAUACGGCACAGAAUGUCUGUACUAUGUACUAUACCCUGUAACUGUUGGAAAGAAUGAGCCAGUGCUUCAGUGCAAUAAUGUGAAUUGCCUGUAAGGCAUCUGAAGUAAGGAAAAGGCUGAGAGGGUGGGGGAGCUCUGUGGUGGGGCACUUGCUUGCCCAGCAUGUGUGAUGCCUUGAAUUAGAUUCCCGCUCCACUGCCAAAAGCAAAUAAAUAGAAAAGCAAAAUGUUUGAUAAUACCUAGCAUGG